GCCGAGCUCGAGCACAUCACUCAGUUGUAUCGAAUCAUCACCCAGCCAGCAUCAACUAGUGUACCACCAUGACGAACGUGCUGCUGCGCGUGCUCCCCAUGCGAUACGUGGUGGUGACGAUGGCGUUUUUCGGCUUCGUCAUCAACUACAUGCUGCGCAACAACCUGAACCUGGCGAUCGUGGCCAUGGUGAACCACACGGCUGUCAAUUCUUCAGGCGCCGCCGGCAGCCAGACAGAUGGCCCGUUCGUCUGGGACGAGAAGAUCGUCGCCCUGAUCCUGGGCAGCUUCUACUACGGCUACAUCUGCACACAGGUGGUGGGCGGGCGCUGCGCUGAGAUAUCCAGCGUCAAGUACAUCUACGGCUUGUCGCUGCUGACGGCCGGCUGCUUGACCUUCCUCAUCCCGACCGUCUCCUAUUGGGACUACCGUGCGCUGGUGGCCAUCCGGAUCAGCAUGGGCUUUGUGCUGGGCGUGGGCUUCCCCUCUGGAUACGCCCUGCUGCGUGCGUGGGCGCCACCCAACGAGCGCAGCACCGUCGUGUCGCUGGCCAUCAGCGCGUCUAACAUCGGCACCGCCAUCACCAUGCCGCUGGCGUCAGCCAUCAUAAAUGCCAUCAGUUGGGAGGCCGUGUUCUACAUUCAGGGAUCGUUUGCGCUCGUGUGGUUCGUCUUCUGGCUGCUGCUUGUAUACAACGCGCCAGAGGAGCACCCUUUCAUCACCGCCGAGGAGCGCGACUUCAUCAUGACGGCGAUCGGCAGCGAGCGUUCCACGCGUCGUCUGCCGCUGCCGUGGAAGGAGGUGCUGACGUCCCCGCCGGUCUGGUCGCUGGUUGUCGCCAACUUCUGCAACAACUGGGGCUUUUACACCUUACUCAACGACCUGCCGCAGUACUUCAGCAACGUCCUCGGCAAGGACAUCUCGUCCAACGCCAUCUUCACCUCGCUGCCGUUCCUCGUCACCUUCAUCUUCGCGAUGGCGUACGGUGCUUUCAGCGACUACCUGCGCAAAAACAACCUGAUGAGCAUCAACAACAUCCGUCGCAUGGCGCAGUUCGUGUCACAGACAGUAGUGGCAGUAACGCUGGUCUGUAUCGCCUUCCUCGGCGAGCACGAAACCCUCGUCGAAGUCCUGCUGUUCAUCGGAAUCGGACUGAUCGGCGCCGGCUAUACGGGCUGGCAGAGUGUGCCGGUGGACAUGGCGCCCAACUACUCCGGUACGUUGUACGGCAUCUCCAAUACCUUCGGCAGCAUUCCGGGCUUCCUGGCGCCGCUGGUGGUGGGUGCGCUGACCGAGGGCCACGAGACGUUGGACCGCUGGCGCUACUGCUUCCUGCUGCCCGCCGCCUUCAUGGUCUUCGACACGAUCAUCUUCUUUGUGUUCGGCAGCUCUGAGGAGCAGGCGUGGAACAGAAAGUACUACAAUACCGAGGAUGAAGACAACAAGGUGGGAGGAAGGGGUUCUGUGAAUCUCGAGGGGCUUGAGAAGGGGUCUCUGGAUGGGGUGACGAAGAAGGGGUCGCUGGUGAAGGAGCUGGAAAAGAAGAACAGCAGUUCGGAGGAAGCGUUUGGCAUUGAUAACGCUGGUUUCGUUGCACCUCCUGAUGAACACAAAGGUGAAAAUUCUACGCAAGGCCAAUGAUAGCGAACGUCUUUAGGAGCAUGCAACACUUGUCCUAUGUAGAGCAUCAGCAAACGUUGAUGGGACUGGACGCACAGCAUCGCUGCACCGCAUCGUGUUGUGGGAAGGGACGACCCGGCAGUUAUCCAGAGAAACAGUCAACAGCAUCAAUUAUGGAGCGUGAGCCGCUGCAUAUGCAAUAGCAUGUUGUAACUGGGGCACCACAGGCAGUUGUAGAGAAAAGGGACGACCGCAAGUGACCUUUUGCAUAGUUCCCUGGUUUGUACGGCGCGCUCCUGGGACUGUCAGAUACUGACGUCAUUUGCGGUAUUACUCGGUACGGUGCCGUGUUCAGUUAGUGGUGGGAGGGCAACAGACAUUUCGACUGAAUCGUGGGUUGCACGGUUCCGUAACGUUUGCCACCUUACGAAGCCCUGCCUGAAGCUCGCGAGGACUAUCCUGCUCCCAGAGGCCUCAUGAGCUCAUUUCUCCUGGACAGCGGGUAGCUCUGCACGGAUGUUUUGUAGGUUUUGUUAGGUUUCACCUGUUUGGACACUGAUCGGCCGUUUCAUAUCUACGAGAUAAGCGAGUACCGCCGCCGAAUCUUGUCUCGCACGGGCCUGAUGUCUCGAUUUCAGCAGACGUCAUAUGUCCGACGGCUGAUUAUGAAGUGCGCGCGAGCGUUCGGGGAGAGAUUUCCAACCAAGGUGACAAAGUGGGUGAUGCAUGUCUUCGGUCGCAGCAUACAACAUGCAUGCAGACAGUUGCCGAACUUUAUAACGGCUACGCUAGCUUCUGCAUUGAGCCGUUUGUGCUUUGCAUAACAUAAUUGUAAAGCCGUUUUUCUCUCUCCCGGAAGGAAGCGCGACGAAUUGUGUUUCUGUUCUCCUUUUUCAUGUUAAGUGAACGCGUUUGCGCCAAGUCAGCUUGAAAGUAUAAAGCAGCGCUCAUUUUCAACCGUUUAAAGUCUCGGCCGCCGGCUGUUUCACUGCGGGAGGUGCGCACGUUCAGGAUAGAGUUUAACUGCUGUUACAUGAUAGACCCGUUAGGCUUUGCCAAGCGGCCGUCAGAAAAUAUUGCUUGCAGGUGAUGAAGAACGUUUGGUAUGAAACAGUGUUGAGACCAUCAAUAUAACUCCAUGUCCAGCUCG